AUGGACCAACCAAGGGUCAUCAAUUUCAAGAGUGACACCCAAUCCCUCCCGACCGAAGAAAUGAAGCAAUUUAUGAUAAAGGCCGAACUAGGAGACGAACAACACAAUGGAGACCCAACAACCACAGAGCUAUGUAAACGGGUAGCAAAACUCCUUGGGAAGGAGACUGCAGUCUUUCUUCCGUCGGGGACUAUGUGCAACCAAAUCGCAAUCAACAUCCACUGUCGACCAGGAGAUGAAAUCAUAUGUGACCAAUCGAGCCAUAUCAUCAACUAUGAAGCAGGUGGUCCAGCUGCAAAUGCGGGAGUGAUGGUUCAUGCUAUUGCUGGAGAGCGCGGAAUCUUCACGGCCGAGCAAGUCAAGAACGCCAUUAGAGCUCCGUCACGCUAUUUUCCCGAAAGCAGACUGCUUUGUGUUGAACAGACGGCAAACCUUGGUGGAGGAGCUAUUUGGCCCCUAUCCACGCUCCAGGAGGUUGCUGCGGUUUCUAAAGAGGCCGGGAUGGCAACGCAUAUGGACGGUGCCCGUCUGUUCAACGCUGUUGCUGCCACUGGCAUAUCCGCAGCUGCUUAUGCUGAACCUUUCGACUCGGUCUGGAUUGAUCUAAGCAAGGGGCUUGGGUGCCCGAUAGGAGCAGUUCUCUGUGGCUCAGCAGACUUCAUUCAGGAAGCAUGGCGGUUGAAGCAGAGGCUUGGAGGCGCAAUGAGGCAAUCUGGCAUCGUUGCAGCAGCUGGUAUAUAUGCUCUGGACCACAAUAUUAGUCGUCUCUCUGAGGACCACGCAAAUGCCCGGUUGCUGGCCAAGUUGAUAUCUACUCUCCCUGGUGUUAGCAUCAAGCUUGGCGAAGUCGAAACCAAUCUGGUAUACUUCGAGGUGAAAGAUCAGGAAGGCCGUCCCGCAGCUGCAGAGUUUGUGGCAAAGUUGCAGUCCUUGGGUGUUAAAGGGGGUGCAAUGGGUGCCUCAACCGUUCGGUUUGCGACCUAUUUGAACGUUAGUGAGGACGAUAUAAGAGCAGCUAUGCCGGCGAUCAGAGAAACCGUUUCUUCGAUAACUGGAUUACAGAUAUCUGCAUGA